AGUUUCCGAUUGGGGUUUUUUUUAUACUUUUCCAUACCUGUUGGUAUUUUAAAACUGAAGAAUAAGUUUUUAAAUUGUUAUAUUGAUACAACAAGUUCGAAAUCCUUUUAACCUGUUUUUACCUGAGAAUAAACAACACCUUGAACUGCUCAAUCAUCGCCAACAGGGCAUCUGUAUAAGAUCGAAAGUUACAUAUCAACAUAAGCAUAGGGUUUACACAAUCAGUUCGCAGAUCUGUCAUCAAGUUAGCAGCUCGAUUCGCAGUCGAUGGGUUCAUUCGUCAGUAGAACAACGCCAGCCAACAUGAGUGGUCCAGUAGCCGAGUUUGUCAAAAGCGCAAUUGCCAAGGAUAAAGUGGUGAUUUUCUCAAAAACCUACUGUCCUUACUGCACAAUGGCCAAGGAGCCAUUUAAGAAAUUAAAUCAAGAAUACACGGCAUACGAGCUGGACAAACGCAACGAUGGAGAUGAGAUACAAUCGAUUUUGGGCGAAAUGACCGGAGCAAGAACAGUUCCCCGGGUAUUCAUUAACGGACAAUUCGUCGGUGGAGGCACUGACAUCAAAAAAAUGUAUUCCGAUGGUCGAUUAGAAAAAAUGCUAGCUUAGAGAGCGCACCGGAAACAAGAAAGUUCAAAUGCUCCUUUUUAUUAUCACAACAUGUCAUUGCAACUUUGCUAGGUAACGUUAUAUGAAUAAUAAAUGCUAAGAUUUAUUGUUUGAAA